UGGAUAGACUCAGAUCUCAGUUCAGCGGAGUUUGAUCAGUACGGCAGCACACCGAUCUCGAUGUAUGUGUAGAAUCCGAUCUGAGAUCAGCGCGUCACUCGUUCAGUCAGACGCUGUAAACAAAUACUAAAAAGCUUCGACACUCGGGCCGAAAUUCAUGAAAUCUACAGAAUGGAAAUAAGGCUUCGGAUCAUGGCACACUUUCGUGUUUUAUUGUGUGUUUCGCUCCUGUUUAUUAUUGCUAGUCUGUUUCCGGUGUGUGUUGCCAUAGAUGUUUAUACUCCAGCCGAAAUGUUUGUUGAGAAUGGGACCACAGCGACGUUGGCGUGUAGUUUUAAAUCUAAAGAGGUGGUGAGCAGUACAGCAUCAGUCAGCUGGUCAUUUCUACCCGAGGGCGACACGGGAAAUCCCACUUCUUUCUUCUAUCACACCGGUGGGAAAGUGUUUCCCGGGUCUAAUCCACAGUUUAAGUCCCGUGUGGAGUGGGUCGGAGACAUGAACAAGAAGGACGCUUCCAUCCGUGUGAUCCAGAUGCAGUUCAAGGACAACGGAACGUUCAGCUGCGACGUGAAGAAUCCUCCGGACAUCACCGGCCAGCCGUCCGCCACUAAAGUCCGAGUGGUCAUGAAAGAGUCUCUUCCUCAGACCAGUACAGCUGUGAUCGUGGGUGGAGUGAUCGGGGCCGUGAUCGGCAUCAUCAUCAUCUCUGUGGUCAUGUAUCUGAUCGUCAGGCGACAGGAACCCAGUCGAGACUAUGAGGGCUGCACCUCAGUAGAGAGCGUGAGCUCACAGAUCACACGUGUAGGGAAGAAGGCGGAGUCAAGCACAGACAACUCAUCUUGCUCAAGUCCCUCUGCUCCCUUACAGGGCCCGGUGAUUUACGCUCAGCUCGAUCACUCCGGCAGUAAGAACUCCUUCCACAAGAUGGAGCCGGUGGUCUACGCAGACAUCCGGAAGAACUAAAGCGGCUGCAGAGUUAUGGCAUGUGCGUCUUUAUAUCCAUUCACGUUACAAAAGAAUCUAUGAAAGCAGUUUACUAACAGACAGACUGUUAGGGACUCGGCCGGGUGGGUUAGUACUGGACUGAUGAUUUCUCGUGUUGUAGUUUUUCUUACUGAUCAAACUCUUGCUUCUUGUGCCGUUGUUGGAUGUUUGUAUGUGUAUUGUAAAUGCUAGUGUAUUAUCAUCACGUAUUAACACUGAUGAUGUCAUUCAGAUGCUGACAGCGAUAAAGAGGCAGAAUGAAAAUGAAACUAUACGGUACAAAAAAAAAACAUUUCAUAGCCUAAUGCAUUGUUGCAGUAUUGUUAUGACAGUUGAGCAACAUUUCACCCCAAAUUGUCAUGACUGUAAUUUAAUUACAAACAUUUUUACAUUUUUUAGUUUUUGAGAUUCUCUCCUGUAUUAUUAUUUUUUUACUGUAAUACUGCUCUUCUGUGUAAAGUUUUAAAUGUAGGUUAUGGAGGAGCCUAAACAUUCAGUCCUGUCAAUCAUCAUUAUGAGCGUAUAUAAGCAGUUACCGAUCUUCAAGCAUUCAUCUUCAUCUCCGCUCUUUUCCUUCUCCAGACAGUUUCAUUAUAGCCUCAGGUUUGAGUCCCCUAUGAAGAAAGCAUGACAAGAUUAUCUCCGUUAACUAUUUGACUGAAUGGGUGAAGUUACAGUGAAAAACACUAAAAAGAUUUUUAGUUUGUAUUAAAUUUGUUACAUUAUAAUGAUUCUUGGUUAUCAAAGCAAAGCUGUCAUGUAAAAUAGGCGUUGUUUUCUUGAAUAUUAGGAAAUGCAUUGAUUGUUAUCAGAUGUGAUAUGACUUGACAUGAAUAAUCCCAUCAUACAGUUACAUUAGGGAAACGAAGCACUCCAUUAUUAAAGAUGACUUGAGUCGCUGUUAGCAUCAGGAUGAUUUUAGUAAAGUUAGCGUGCACGUCUCAACGGCUCCAGCGUUGUUCCUUGAGGACAUCUGUUUUAGUUUCAGCCCUCUUUCCAACACACCUGCUUGAUUUUAGGUAGCCCUGAACAUCUGGAUUAGCAGGUUCAAACGUUCGAUUGGGGUUGGAAUUGAAAUCUGCAGGAACAGGGUUGGAGACCCAUGAGUUAGACUAAUCAGCUAGUUAUUAUGACACUAAAGUUACUGUAUAGUUCAUUUAGAAAUAUUCAGUAUUAGUUUAGUAACUCAAUUCUUCUUCAGGGCCAAUGGGGAAACAAUAUGUUGUUUCUCGUUUAAACACUCCAUUUUUUUAUUCCUACAUUCCUGUUCAUUGUCUUAUUUGCGUUAUAACUUAAAAAGUGAGGUUAUUUUUCUUUGUUGUAAACGUUCAGCUAGUUUGAAGAUGAACCAAACGGAGCGAUUGUUUCUUCAAAUGUAUGAUGCUGGACUCUUGAUGCUUGUGUUUAUGUUUUGCAAAGAUGAUUAUUUUUUUAUUGUUAAGAAAGAGAGACCAGCAAACAUUAAUGCAACAUUCCUUUAAUGCCACUUUUGUCUCUUGUACUGUACGGUUGCAAUAUUGCACUGUUAGAUUUGUUAUGUGUUAACUGGAACAUUGUGCCUUCAGCAUUCAUAAACUAACUCCUCAUGCACACCUUGCAUUGUUUUUCUUUAUUGCCCUUUUGUAUAUGAAUACAACUGUAUCUGUCGAAUUUUAUACAUACAUUCAUUAUAUAAAUAUAUAUAAAUAUAUCACAUUGAACGAA